GCAAAAUCCGUUCCUGGUUUUGCGCCUCCGUCCAUCGCAGCUUAUACCUUCCCCUGACUCUAAGCACUCCAGCAUUGCUGUGCAAGCAGAUGUUCUUUCUCCGAUGCCAGUUCUCUCCCUUUUCGCAUUUGGAGAAGGUAUUCUUUCGCGCGAAGGCUGCAAAGUGAGAAGAAAGAAAGCAAAGAAACACCCUCUCCUCCUCGGCUCCGAGACGGAGGGAGAGUUGUGAACGGAUAGCUGCUUUUGGAGAAAUACAGUAGACUACAGUAAACCCCGCGGAGGCGAGAGCGAGGCAGCAGUUUAUUUACCACACCUGUGAUGCGUUGUUCUGAGCAACGAAGACGCACGACCGGGAUACUGAUGGCCACGCUACGGCAGGAGGAUAUGUGCUGAGGAAAGGACUUGGGCGUGAGGGGAAAAAAAGAACAGGCGUGAAGUGCUACAGAGGACACUCUCCGGACCUUUAAAAAGCCCAGUGUGCUCGUGUUUCGUCUCUGCUCUCUGCCUUUUUGUAAAACUUAGGUGUUAGAAAAAAAACCCACGAAGAUGCCCUUACUUCUGGGCCCCUUUGUCCGCUGUAGGCUCAGCGCCACGCUCCUUGCGCUCUGGCUCGUCCUCUCUGGCUUCACCUGCACUGGUGUGGCUUCUGGAUUGGCCUCUUCCUGCACCACCAAUGAAACCAACCGCAGAGGUUCUGAGCACGCUGCCACGGCGACGCUUCCCGCCGCCUUCUCGGACCUGUUACCUCACUUCUUGGUAGAGCCGGAGGACGAGUACAUCGUAAAGAACAAGCCGGUGACUCUGACCUGCCGCUCCACCCCGGCCACGCAGAUCUACUUCAAAUGCAACGGCGAGUGGGUUCACCAAGAUGACCACUUGAUUGAACGGACUGUUGACCCAGCAACAGCGCUGCCAGUCAUGCAGGUGACAAUCGAAAUAACCAGGCAGCAGGUGGAGAAGAUCUUCGGACUUGAUGAGUACUGGUGUCAGUGUGUCGCCUGGAGCACCACCGGAACCCAGAAGAGCCAGAAAGCAUACAUCAGGAUUGCUUACCUGAGAAAGAACUUUGAGGAGGAGCCGCAGGGUAAAGAGGUGGCAUUGGACCAGGAGGUGUUGCUGCGCUGCCAUCCCCCCGAGGGAGUGCCACAAGCCGAGGUGGAGUGGCAGAGAAACGAGGAUGUGAUCGACCCAGCGAGUGACCCCAAUUUUGUCAUCACGCCCGACCAUAAUCUCGUCAUCAAAAAAGCCCGGCUGGCCGACACCGGCAACUACACGUGCGUGGCCAAAAACAUCGUCGCUCGCCGCAAAAGCACCUCUGCCGCGAUCCUUGUCUAUGUCAACGGUGGCUGGUCCACGUGGACCACCUGGUCGUCCUGCAGUGCCGUGUGUGGGCGUGGCUGGCAGAAGAGGAGUCGGAGCUGCACCAACCCCACGCCACUGAAUGGAGGCACAUCCUGUGAGGGGCAGAACGUCCAGAAAAGUGCCUGUGUGGCCACCUGUCCAGUGGACGGAGGCUGGAGCGAGUGGAGCAAGUGGUCAGCAUGUGGCGCAGACUGUUCGAUGUGGAGGAGCAGAGAGUGCACCCAGCCCUCACCUGGCACAGGGGGCAAAGACUGCCAGGGGCUUGAUCUCCAGUCUCUCAACUGUACCAGCGAGCAGUGUCCACAGACCGUGAGCGGAGCCGAGGACGUGGCGCUCUAUGUGGGCAUGGUGGCCGUGGCCCUGUGUCUGACCCUGCUGCUCAUUGUGGUCGUCCUGGUCUACAGGCGCAAGAAGGAAGGCCUGGAUGCCGACGUGGCCGACUCCUCCAUCCUCACCACUGGCUUCCAGCCCAUGGGCAUCAAGCCCAGCAAGCCAGAGAACUCCCAUUUACUCACCAUCCAGCCUGAUCUAACCACCACCACCACCAGUUAUCAAGGCACCCUGCGCUCUCGCCACGAUGCCACCGGGAAGUUUUCGAUGACCAACGGGCCUCUGCUGGACCCGCUUCCCAACGGCUCACACACCUUGCACAACGGCAAGCUCAACUCUGAUGCUGCUGCCGAGUUUGUGAGCAGGCUCUCCACCCAGAGCUACUUUAAAACGCUGCCCCGCGACGUGGCCAACACCUCCUACGGGACCUUCAACUUCCUAGGCGGCAGGCUGACUAUCCCCAACACAGGAAUCAGUCUGCUCAUUCCUCCCGAGGCCAUCCCCAGAGGAAAGAUCUAUGAGAUUUAUCUCACUGUUCAGAGGAAGGAAGAUUUAAGGUUACCCCUGGCUGGCUGCCAGACCCUCCUCAGCCCCAUUGUGAGUUGUGGCCCUCCGGGGGUGGUCCUGAGCCGGCCAGUUAUCCUCAGCAUGGACCACUGCUUUGAUGCAUGCCUGGAUAACUGGGCCGUGCGCCUUAAGAAGCAGAACUAUGAGGGCGCUUGGGAGGACGUCCUGUUGAUGGGAGAGGAGCUGGUGUCAGACCCUUAUUACUGCCAGCUCGAGGCCGAGACGUGCCGGCUCUUCUCGGAGCAGCUGGGUACAUUCGCCCUGGUGGGCGAGUCCCUGCACAUGGGCGCCGCCAAGCGCCUGAGGCUGGUGCUCUUCUCGGACGCUUACUGCUCCACGCUGGAGUACAACAUCAGGGUAUACUGCAUGGACGACACGCAGGACGUCUUCAAGGAGGUGAUGCAGAUGGAGCGGCAGCGGGGUCGGCUGAUUGACGAGCCUCACGUCCUGCUUUUCAAAGACAGCUACCACAACCUGCGCCUGUCCAUCCAUGACAUGCCCCAGGCGCACUGGAGGAGCAAGCUGCUAGCCGGCUACCAGGAGAUCCCAUUCUACCACAUCUGGAACGGUUCCCAGCGGUACCUGCACUGCACGUUCACUCUGGAGCGGCUCAGCCUCAGCACCUGCGAGCUCACCUGCCAGCUGUGUGUGUGGCAGGUGGAGGGGGAGGGACAGAGCUUUAGCCUGGACUUUAACAUUGCCAAGGACACUCGAGCGUUGGACUCUGAGUUUCUGUUAAUGGACAGUAACGCCACAGCUCUGGCGGGACCCAGCGCCUUUCAGAUCCCGUACCUCAUCAGGCAGAAGAUCUGCAGCAGCCUGGAUGCCCCCUGUCCCAACGGAGCCGACUGGAGAAUGCUAGCACAAAGACUUAAACUCGAGAGACACAUGAGUUUCCUUGCAUCCAAAGCGAGCCCAACCUCUGUGAUCCUGGACCUAUGGGAGGCGCAACAUUUCCACAGCGGCAACAUCAACCAGCUGGCCACGGUCAUGGCCGACAUCGGCAAACAGGAAGCCAUGAUAUUCCUGGUCUCCGAUGGCGAGUGCUAACCUAGAAAAGAGGGACAGACUGGUGCCGAGGAAAAGUACACAACGUGAUACACUAAUACACAAUCUUACACACAUAAAAAACGAUAACUGCAGCGGGAAUCGAAGAACAGAGCUGUCCCAGCGUUCCUUUUCUUCACUUUAGAAGAUAAGAAAGUGUUUAUGUAGGAUUGAGUCCCUAUUUCCCAUCAAACAGUAAAAAUCUUUAAAUGACAGACCAAAUGAGGAACAAGGGGGUAGAGUUUGGGUGUGUGUGUGUUUGGGGAAAACGUAUUCACAGACUCAGUAGAGAAAAUACCUUUUAUUUCCCAUCAAAGACCCGAGUUAAAUUAGUCCAUACCCUAGUUCUGCUGCAAAGGUAACAUCAAAUUAACUCUUCUAAACAGGCCGCGUACGGCUUAACAAGGAGCAAUAUGCAAAUGUAACGCUAUUAGUAAUGGCCAAUAUUGCAAAUUCAGUUGGUAAUUUUUGAACUUGGAUUCAAAAACCGUGUGUUUUUUAAACAGUCAGUAAAAAGGAAGGUGGCAAAAAAGGGUGCAGGUCAUUUCAGGUUAAAGAGAACCAGCAACAUAUGCAAUUGGCAGGUUCGUCACAUGACAUCAACUCAGAAGAUUAGCCCACUUUUUUUUCUUUACCUUUUUAUUUUUUUAUUUUAAAGCAACCUAGUGAGACUGUGUGCGUGUGUGUGAGUCACAUAAUCUGUUUAACACACAGACGGCUUGUAGCGCAUUCUGGACUUGCUGGUUUAAAAACAGAUUGUGUGUCUGAGCCCCCAACAACCCAUCUCAUGUAGUUUGUGUGUGCGUUUGUGUGUGUUGUAGUCCAGCCGGUAUCACUACUGUGAAUCUAACAUCUUGACAUCUUGAUUCAGUGAGACGCUUUGCAGCUUUUCCUGCUUUUAAAUCGAUAUAUGUGAGGUUUGGGUUCCCUGGAUCCUUUUUUUUUUGGGAAGUGAGUAAUAUCUUGACUUAAAGUCAUAUUUUAAAGGAAAUUUCUAUUUAAAGCCUUCUGAUUUUGAUCCAUAAGGUUUCCACAUUUUAUAUUAGCCCAAUCGUUCAUCGUGGCGUUUCUCUGUUUUAAAUUCCACAGCUUAAUGAAGGAGCCAUAGGGCCGAGAGGCACGCCGACUGCACGUGUGCGAACGCUGAAUGUCGUCAAAGCUCAUUUCUAAAAUGACAUUUUCCUCUUGAUUACAUUGAUUUUUGUAGUCUAAAAACAUGGCCCGAAGGGUUAUUAUUCCAUAUGAAUUAUGUAGAGCACUUUCCCUCAGAAAAAUCUGACAACAAAUUCUUCAAAAUCAUCACAAGAUUACUCAUGUUGAAAGGGUAAUUGUGCAGCUUUGUUUGUAUUAUUCAUAAAGCAAUGUUGGUGGGAAUUCUGCAUUUGCUGUGUGGCAAACAGUAUUUCCACAUCAGAGAGAAGCCCGUCUCUCAGAUAAAGUAAAGAGCAGCUUUUUCAUAAUGUCACCCCCUCUGCUCACAAAUAGAUGCUUUGAAAGGGUUUUUUUUUUUUUGGCUAUCUGUAUCCAGACAGCAACAAUUAUCCAAUAGAUUCAUGCAAAAAUCCAUAAACUGCAGCGGCGCAUUUGCAUUCUGUCAUAUUUCACUAACAGUAUUUUUAUUUUUCUCGAAUCUGUCAAACAAACACAAAAAUUUCUCGUUUAGCAAUUUUCCUUCGGCGAGGUGUGAGCAGUCCCAAACUAGCCAUAGGUUCUCUCUGUGUCUGCCUCAGGGUUGCAUGUGAAGUUGUCUGUUCAAAGCUAUAACGAAAACCCCCCCCCUUUUCAUUCAAACAGCGAGGACGGCCCAAUCCUGCGGGCUCGAAUGGUUUUUAACCUUUAAGAUGAAAUGAUUGUCAGAUUUUUUGGAAUGUACAUUAGUUUCCUUGUAGCAGGCAGAAAGUUUGACUUUCUUUUUAUACCGUCGUCCAUCGCCUUGCUCGUUUAACCCAUCCCGUUAAACCACAUCUCCCCUCACAGUCCCGUUACCAGUUUAUAUAAAGAUCCCGUGAAAAUGAUCAAAAACUCAAAAUCUUUUCACGUUGAAUCAGAUCGCCGAGCAUAAUUUGUAAAUACUUUUCUAUACCAGCCGUGUGCUGUCACUUUGCAUACUGUAUAUCAGCAGAAUUGUUAACCAAAGUUUUCUGAAUAUCAUUUCGAGGGCCACCGCAUCCUCACGCCGUGUCCACGAAUCCACUGUUUUCUAGAGUAGCUGUCUCUUUCAUUGUCCCCCCCCCCUCUUUUUAAGGCAUCUCAAAGCUGUUUGUUUACGCAGUACUCUGUGUCACCUUAUCACUUUGUAAACAAAUGUAAAUUAUAUUUUAAUAUGAAGCCAAAAAAGACACUUAACUGGCGCAGCAUUUGUCAAGUCUAAAACCGUGACGUGUUUGCCUAUAUACUGUUCUUUGGCGAUCUAGCAGCGUAUUUGCAGUGUUAAGGGUUUCGAGACUGUUUCACAGGAAAGCUUUCUGUCGACGUUUUGUUCGUCCUUAACUCUGCGCACCUGAUGAUUUCUGUAACUGUAAGCAUUUAAAAAUACAAGGUGGAAACUGUCACUUGUGCUUAACGAGUCACCACAUUGGUGGGCGGGCUGCGUGGCUAAUUGGAGAGUGAGGGCGUCGGUUCUCGGACGCUGACGAACCGGAGCCGGCGCGGCACGUUUAGAUGAGCCACGGCAGCUGUACAGUCAGAGCGUGUGUGUGUGUUUUCUCACCCCCCUCCGUCAUCGUCUUGGAUAUGUUGCCUAAGCACAUUUCAGUAAUGUAAUUCACCAGCCGCCAGGAUGUUGAGCAUCUUAUCUUCACAUCUAGCUCAUCCGACAAAUCUAACAAUUCUGCUAUGACUCAGUGUGUGUGUGCGCGUGUGCGAUGAAUACAGUUUGAGAGAAAACCCAGGCCUGAUAAUUCUGUGUAAGUAUGUGUCAGUAACAUACAAGCUUUGUUCAAGGGUUUAUACUGUCAGUUCACCCCUGUGUUAUGGGGAGAAAUGUAACAUCUCAGCACUGUACUUUUUUGUGUCACUCAUUACUAUUCAGUGUCAAGGAUGUAUUUGAGUGUGUGAGUGAGUGAGAGAGAGAGACUGGGUGCGUGCAUACCUCCCCGUCACUCUUACUAAACUGUUUUCUUUUUGAAGUAACAAUAGACUUCUGUACUUGUGAAUGGUUUUUUUCUCUUUAGUUCCUUGAUUCAAUGUUCCUUGCCUUUCUGCAAGUCAAAAAUGCUGUAUUUAUUACAUGCCACAGCGCUUAUGCAAUUGUAUAAUCCUCCUUUAUGUUCCUUUGUUUUUAACCUUUUUUUUUGUGUUCCCUAUCGUUAAUGUAAAUUGUUGUCGAAACUUUUGUGGCGAUGGAAAAACUUCUGCUAAGGGAGAUUUUCUGUACUUUUUUGGACAAUGAUAUGGAUUUGUGGGUAGAAUUUUGGAAAUUCGUUUCUAAGUGCUUUCAAGUAUUUACUUGGCCUUAUGUAUAUAUAUCUAUCUAUGACAUUUCAGAAAGGUAUGUAUAGUAAUUCAAUCCGAAAAUUGUUGUAAAUAAAUUAUAUAUUGUUAAAUCAA